AUGACAAUCAGCUACAUCAAUUUGACAUCAGAAAUUCAAAUAUUCUUCAUGGAUCUAGUGAAGUAAUAACCUUUCUUGUUUCUACAGGAGUUUAGGAGAUUGAAGCUGUUGUUAUGGAUAAAGGAGAUGCUCCUGUAAGGAGAUGGGAGGACCUUGAUAGUAAUAUCUUGGUGAAGAUACUCCAGUCCUUUGACCUUUUCCAGUUGACAUAUGCAAUUCCUCAAGUUUGUCGUGCAUGGCAAUUGGCUUGUUCUGAUCCACUUCUCUGGAAAACGCUUGACUUGUCGGUGUUGCAAUCAAAUUUCAUCAGAAUUUCAAUAGAGCCAUAUGUAUUUGUGGACACUCCGUCUCGUGAAAAAUUGACCCGCCUUCUACAGAUUUGCAUGAACCUCAGUCGUGGAAACAUAGAAACAUUGAUCUUCCAUUACAAUUUGUAUGUUGACGAGAAUCAGUUGACUUAUACUGCCAAUAGGUGUCCACGGCUUAAACGCCUUGUUAUGCCUGCUUGGGAAAAACUAGAAAAGCCAGCAAUACGCCGUGCUAUUCGUAAAUGGAAAGAUCUUGAAUCACUGACGAUGCCUAGUUUAGAAAAACCUGCCUAUGUCAUCAAGAAAAUUGCAAGGAGUUGCAAAAAAUUUUCUGAGCUCAAAAUCAUGGGGACUUGUGAUAUUCUGUUUGCAUCUACACUAGUAUCAUUUCUUCCAAACUUGAAAGUGUUGAGUGUGAGGUGUACGGAGUUAUCUAAACAUGCUUUGGUUAUUCUCUUGGAGGGGUUAACACAGUUGAAAGUGCUCAACAUAUCGCAUUGCAUAAUUACUGAAGACCUUCCUCCACCUGCACCUAUGAAAAUUCUGACCGAG